AGACCACAACAGACGACGUUCAUUCGUUCAGUCGAAUAGACUGUGAGACUCGAGAAGAGCGUGUUCUAUCUUUGCCGGUGUGAUUUCUCGUUUUUUUCGCAUACAUGUGUAUUGUGUUCAAUUACGUCUAGUUCGAUAAAAUAUUUUUAAAGGUUCGUCAUACCGGUGGAAUCUCUAACGCGCACGAAAGCAAAGUGGAACGCAAACAAAACAAUAGAACAAUAUCUAUCCUACGGUUGUUGGAAAAGAGAAACUUCAUUGUCAAGUGUUGGGGUCGCAUUCGCGGCCCAGACAUCAGCAGAGGUGGCGUGGGGGACGGCAGUGAUGGAAUUGCAGAGCUGGCUGCUCUAUCAUCUUGUAGCUGUAACCGACUGCAAUCAAGUUACUUUUGUCUGAGUUUCGACCGUGCUCACAGAACACUUCUUUAUUUCAUUCACAAUCCCGUUAUCGCCUAGAGGAAACAGCGGUCUACCAAUGUUUGAUGUGAUGCAGUCGGCGACUACAUUGAACGGCGGAUCUUAUCCCGCCGGGGGCACCGGAAGCCGCGCUCGUGAUUUAGGUCUUCGUGCGCAAAAAAAACUCCUCGGCAGAGUCGUAUCUACAGGGGCCGGAAGAUCAUUGCUGAUAGAUGACGCCACUACGUCACUUUUGGACAAUCUGUAUAAGCUUAUGGAAAGAGCCGCAAAAAGCAAUUCUAAUUUAGACAAGAAACAGCCUGAAAAGGUUUUAAAGAAUAUCGUUAAAUUAUCCAUUAAGGUGGGUCUCCUACAACGUAAUCAACAAUUAAACGCCGCCGAUGACGCGAAACUCGUGGAAAUAAGAACUGCCCUUAGAGCUGUGGCAAUGUCUGUGGUCUCGUUUUACGAAUUGGAGUUCAGUUUCGAUCGGGCGUACUUAAUCAAAUCGUUAGAACGAUGCAGAACCGCGAUACAGGCACUCAUAAAGCCACAUCUCACAGACAAGUCUCAAGAUCGGUGUGAUCAAGUGUUCGAUUUCUUAACGCAUUCCGACUUCUUGGACUCCGUUUUUAGACAGGAUUCGGAACACAGAUCUAUCCUCGGGAUGCUAGUUAGUGAUAUAAAUAAGGCCUUAGAUGCUGGGCAUCUUUGAUUCCUUUUUAAACAUGACUGCACUUUCGUGACCAAUGGGGAGCAUGAACGAAAAUUACCAAGAUAAUUAAGGGAGGAUGAUAACUCUUCUCCCUGAUUAUUUUUCGAAAAAAGAAAGCAAAGGAAAAGAAAGAAGUGUACGUGUGAUACCAGUUAUUUGCGAUCGCCUGUGUAAGAAAAGAUAAUGAUAAAUAUGUUUUCGACGCGAGAAAGGCUUUUGAAAUAUAAUGUUUCUCGUGAGAAUCGAUCGAUUUCACACAGUAGUGCUCACCAAUUUACGCAAUAAUUGUGAAAUACUCUAUUUAUUUUCAGAAUGUAUAUUGUUACGAUCAAUGUAUAUUUAUUUACGAGACUUGUGCGUUAGGAUAUCAAUUGUCAAUCUAUACCAAAAAAAAAAAAAAGAAAUGAGCUUAUUUAUGCCCCAAGAUGGGUUUAUAGUAAUUACGGUAGAAACUACUUUGUUAAUCCCGACAAAAUAGCACGUAAAAGAAGCAAUCUGUCAUCGCUAAGGACGCACUGAUAGAGAUACGUGCUCCAAAGAUAUCCUUUUGAAGGUAUAAUCUUUCACUCGUCAAAGAGCUAUAUUCUGAUACUCUGACAUAUCGACGAGUGUAUCUAUAAAGACGGAUUGCCCUCCGUUUUUACUCACAUAAUGCGCAUCUAUAAAUUUUCGGCACACAAAAUAAAUACAACAUAUCUAAUAUAGUCAUGACAAAGCCUCGAUAAUUAAAUUGAACAAUAUUUACAUUACGUGUACUACAAGUAUGUUGCAGUGUCGCGUGUUUUGUAUACAUUAUACACUCUUUACACGUUGUUUGUGAUGAUUCUAAGCGAAAUAAAAAUCUUGUAUUGAUAUAUAUAUAGUAUAUAUAUAUAUAUAUAUAACAUUAAUAAAAUAUUUGUAAUGAGA